AUGCAGAUUGGAGUGUUUGGACUUAACAAGGAGGAAUGGGGGAAUUGGAAUAGGAAUGUCUUUCGGUCAGCAGCCGAGGCCGGACCUAACGACAUUCUUAAGCUUUACAACCAGAAAGGAAAUUUGGUCAACAUCUCACCCAAACUGGAAGAGAAUACACCAGAUUCUAGAUAUAAAUUAGAUGUGGUAGCGGCUCACUGCGACGGAAGUGUAGCAGAGAAGCUGGGCUUUGAUAUACAAAAAAUGGAAUCAAGGUUGGAAUUGUUAGAGAAGAAGGUGCUGAUCGAUGGGGGAGAGAUCCCGACUGUCGUCUACGAACUCCGCAAUAAAGUAGAAGAAUUCAGGGAUAAACUUGAGAGCGUGGAGCAUUUGAGCUGGCUCGGUCUCACCAAGGAGUUCGUCGCCAGCUCUACCAACCAUUUGCCUUUCUACAAACAAAAACUCAGGAAGACGCAAGAAGAGCAGAGGAGAGUCUGGGAAAAAUUCAGCAAAAUCUCCAGGCACUUGCAGCUGACUGACGAUAUCCGGGAGUACCUGAGACAGCCGACGUUUGACAACUGGCAAUGGGAGGACGCAGAGAUGAUGCUGCUACUUCAACAGAUGUACAUAGACUUGGACUUCAUCGCAAAGUUUAAUAUAGAGAUGCCCAUUCUUCAGAAUUUUCUCUUUGAGGUCUUCAGGCAUUACAACAAUGUACCAUUCCACAACUUCAAGCAUUGCUUCUGUGUUUCACAAAUGAUGUAUGGAAUCAUAUGGAGAGUAGACCUUCCUAAGCUAAUAGGCCAUCAGGAAUGUCUGGUGAUGAUCACAUCAGCGAUAUGUCAUGAUCUGGAUCAUCCAGGUUAUAACAACGCCUAUCAGGUGAACGCAAGGACGGAGCUGGCCCUGAGGUACAACGACAUCUCACCGUUGGAAAACCAUCAUUGCUCAGUAGCUUUCAAACUUCUAGAGAAGCCCCACUGCAACAUCUUCAAGAACCUUAGUCCAGAGCUCUUCAAGCAAGUAAGGGAAGGGAUCAUCCGAUGUAUCCUAGCAACGGACAUGGCCAAGCACAACGAGAUUCUCAACGGCUUCAAAGACAUCAUAUCAACCUUUGAUUUCAGCAAUAAAGUGCACAAGGAUCUACUGACCAAAAUUUGCAUCAAGGUAGCGGACAUCUCCAACGAGGCGAGGCCCAUGGAUGUAGCUGAACCUUGGAUAGACUGUUUGCUCCAAGAAUUCUUUAACCAGAGUGACAUGGAAAAAUUGGAAGGGUUACCGGUCGCCCCGUUCAUGGACCGGGAGAAGGUCACCAAGCACACCUCACAGACGGGAUUCAUCAGAUUUGUACUAUUACCCCUCUUUGAGGCUCUGGGAGUACUAUUCCCUAAACUUGAUGAACACAUCAUCGAGCCCGUCAGGACGGCACUCAAGUACUACUCAGAAAUGGCCCAGGCCCUGGAGGAGGAGAAGAAGAGAACAAACGAGAGGAAAGACUCGCUCACCAACGGCAGCAACACCAUCACGAAAAAGAACCUCGAAGCCAACUCGACCACGUCGUCGUCGUCGAGCUCGUUAAGUCACAACGGAAAGAGACCAAGCAGCGGGAAAGGGGUGCCCAACAACCCACAUGUGGGUGCAGUCAAGGACAAAAAAAUGGUGGCAAAGUCCCCCUCGCCGUCGAGUUCGGCCACCAAGUCGACGGCGAAGACCAAAUGACGGUGGUGUUUCCUCUGCGGGAGCAAAGACCAAUAGACUCACUGCUGCAACACUGCACUCAUAAUGACGGAACAAACAGGGACUUCACUCGCUCUCUCUCUCUCUCCUGAUAUGUUACUCCUUCGCCUCUCAUGCAACCAUGCAAUGCAAAAGGGUCUUAUGUCUGUCUUUUUUAUUAUGGUACUUUGCAAAAAGAAAGCUCAAGAAUUAUCUUGCCAUUCUCGUGCAUUAUGGGUAUCAGAGUUGCUUUUUGUUGCAUUGAUUGUUCAUCGACUAUUUUCAAAGCUUUUUUUUUUUUCAAGGAUAACAUUAGGUGAAUCACACAGAUUUUACCAGAAUAUUUAAUAAUCUCCAAGUGGUUGGAAAAGGAGACGUCAGCCAGCACUGCCUUCAAGUUAAACCCAGACUCUGCAGUGUGUGGAAACUUUGCUUGAAUAGUGGGUUUAAGAAGGAAGCUCUUAUUUGUAAAAUCUAAUGAACGAUUCCAUUCCCAUCCCUUAAGAUUGUGUGCUAGGCAUUCCUAGUUCAGUGUUGACCUUGUGGUGUUGGUGUAAGACUGAUUUUUACAUCAGCUCAGCAUAAACUUUAUGGCCAGAAUUCACAAAGUGGAUUCAUUAUUUCAAAACAGUCGACUCAUUGAUAAAAUAGCAGGCUCAACCACGGCAACAGGCGUCAACUUGGCGCACUGUGGCAGAAGCGGGCAUCUGCAUUGGGCAUUUUCCACUGUACAUGGUAAAUCAAGCGUAAUGUAUACAGGAAAUCUGCAUAAACCAUGGGUUCAACCGAUUUUUCCCGGCCUUUGAAGUCGGUUCUAGGAUGAAUCUUGCAUUGUGUUAAGCUAUCAAUAAUGUGAAUUAUUAAUUUUGUAAACUCAAAACAUAUAAGCCCGUAUUCUGAACUCAGGUUUAAAUUAAACCCUGGUUUGAAGUUCUGGUUUAACUAUGGAGAGCCAAUUUGGACACAAAUCCCUAACAGUACACAUCCAUUUUAUUAACUCAUAUGACACCCAAACUGUUCAUAAUUGUCUUGGAAUGAUAACUGAAGUAUUUUACCUCAUGAAAGCAAAAAGAAACAAAAUAGUAAACCAAAAAAAAUAUGCAACAAACAGAAUUUUUGAAUUUUUGGCUCCCCAUAAUUUUAGCACAGAGUUAGACUAUGGUCUAAGUUAAACCCGACUUCAGAAUACGGGCCAUAAAUGUGAUGGUACUGGGGAGGCAAUCUGAAUUAUGCUUCCCACUACAAGCAUCAAGAAAGAUGAUGAGGUAAAAGACUGUGUGGUAACGAAUAUUUUGUAAGAAGGAUGGUGUGGCACCCAAGGACUUCAUGCAUUGACAUCAUCGUGCUGCCAUCUCAGAGACUGGAGCUGUGGCCUAUCAUGCAUUGGUGAUCUGCAGCAGGUGCAUCUCUGACAACACCAUUUGCUUGUAUACCUAUAUCCACUGAGAGGGCCGCUAUGAGAUUAUUACAAAAUUUGUAUGAGGUCUAUUUUUUUUCAAACUUUUCGCCCAGAACGGGCAACUUUAAAAACAAGACAGGUGCCAGCGGCUUGCCUUGACGCACACCAUUGGCCGUGCUUUAGAAUGCAACUAAUUUCAAAGAUAGCAUCUCUGAGCCACACAAUUCAUAGGAUAUAAAAAUCUUGCAUCAGUAAAAUCAUCAAAAAUGUCAGAACAAGAGUAAAACAAAAUCAUUCAAUUAUAUUUAGUAAUAGAGAUUUUUGCAAAGGCGUUUGCUUUAUUUUGCAAACUUUUCAUUUGUCUUCUAAAUGUCGACUUAGAAUUUUUCCUCUGUUAAAAUGGCAGGUGAAGCAUGAGGUAAAGAAAUGUCUGCCAAUUUGGGCUAAAAAUGAUAAUGAUGACGAUGUGAAUUACAUUUUCAAAUGAUUUAAGGAACUUGUUGCAUAAGUGCAUAGGAGAAUCUAAUGAAUAUAAUUUUUUGGAUAAUAAUUAUGCUAGGUGAGAGGGUUGUGUUAUUCCAGCAAUUGUCUAAUACAUACAAAUGAAAUAAAUUGUGUUUGUAUAGCAUAUGAAGUAACUGUUACACUUCGUUUUAUAUAUAUAUUGUUAAUUUUCUGUAGCUAAAAAGCUUUUCUGUUGAUUGUGUCUAUGUGUUGUAAUAUGAUUUGGUUGUGAUUAAAAGUCAUUCUUCAGUUGCAAAUAAAUGACCCAUAUGGAUUUAUAAGUUUAAAAACAUAUUGAAUUGUAGAUCUUUAAGCAAGAGAAAAAGGUUUGAUACUACUAUCAUGAGCCUGAAAAUGGAUUCUAACUUUUGUAAUCAUGCCACGAAGUACUACUGUGGCACACUUGCGCAGUGUACCACUGUAACUGUGCCCCAUUCUGCAAAUUUCCUCUGUGUUAUGCCUGAACAGAUUGUCAUCAUGCUACACGUGUACAGAGUACCAAUUUGGAAGACUUGUAGGAAAGUACUAUGACAAAACUUUACAAGUACCACUGUGACACCCAGGCGCAUAAUUCAUUUGUUGUAUAUCUUCAAAAUACCAUUGAGGCACAUCUAUUCUGAAGAAUAUGGUAAAUUGCCAAUUCGUCCACUUCCAACUCGUCCACUCGCCACAUGGUCUACUUUCAUUUAGUCUAAUGCCAUUUUGUCUAUGACCAUUUCAUCUAACAACCAUUUGGUCCACUCAUCACUUUUGUUUUCAUUCAUUUUGAACAAUUUAACACUUAGUCCAAUUAGACCAAAUGGUAUAUGAACUAAAUGGCUAUUGGACCAACUUGUUACUAGACGGAAUGGCAUUAAACUAAAUGAAAGUAGACCAUGUGGUGAGAGGACGAACUGAUGGUAGACCAAAUGAUAGUAGACGAGUUGGCAAUUGGACGAAUUGACAAUAGACGAAUUGGAAAUAAACCAAGAAUAAUUGU